AUGGCUAGGUGCUCUGCUCCUACCUUUUUAACGGUGCUAUUAUAUCUCCCAUUCCUGGGCCUUCUCUUCUCACCGGUUAAUGCGUAUACCUCCAUAUCCGAUGCUACUUUAAGAUCUUUACCCCGUCCGGGAAACGAUUUCGAUAUACACAAUGGAGCAAUUCUCGCUCCAAUAUUACGCCCUAGAGUACCUGGUACCCCGGGAUCGGCGGCCGUACUUGAACACUUCGUGAGCUUCUUCAAGAAGAACCUACCGGACUGGAAGCUGCAGUUCCAGAACUCAACUUCUAAAACACCAGUAACUGGUGACAAACAGAUACCGUUCAUUAAUUUGAUUGCUAUCCGCGAUCCCCCGUUCGCGAAUGCUGGCGACGUCAGCAGGUUGACUCUGGCCGCUCAUUACGACAGUAAACUGACACCGGAGGGGUUUAUCGGGGCAAUAGAUAGCGCCGCUCCAUGUGCGAUGCUAUUACAUGCCGUAAGAAGCAUCGAUGCGGCAUUAACGAAAAAGUGGAAUGCAAUACAAUCGAACCCAAGCGAUAAUCUUGAUAUGGAUGCGCAACAGGGCAUUCAAAUUUUCCUGCUGGACGGCGAAGAGGCAUUUGGCGAGUGGACUGCUACAGAUUCCCUGUAUGGAGCCCGUUCGCUGGCAGAACACAUGGAACAUGAAUAUUAUCCUGCUCUUUCUACAUUCAAAUCCUCAUUAUCAGCCAUCAGGCUGUUUGUCCUUCUCGACCUACUAGGGAACAAAGAUCCCAUCAUGCCAUCUUUCUUCGCAACAACCCACUGGGCGUAUAAACAUCUAGCCCAACUCGAACAACGACUUCGUAAACUUGGGCAGUUCAAAUCGGAUCCUGACCCCAAGAAGGGUGCACCGAAGGCAUGGUUUACUGAAGGAAACCGACCAUCAGAUAGGAAAUUCUUGUCCUUUAUCUCGGAUGAUCAUGUGCCAUUCAUGCAGAGGGGAGUUGAAAUUCUCCACCUGAUACCCUGGCCAUUCCCAAGUGGUCUAUGGCACAAAAUGGCGGACAAUGCGGAAAACCUUGACCCUCCUACUGUUGAAGACUGGAGCACACUCAUCACUGCAUUUGCCGCCGAGUGGAUGGAUCUCGAAGGGUUUUUCGACACAAAAAAAUCGAAGCAUGCUAGAAUAGAUGAUGAAGAUAAGACGGAGCUGUAA